AUGGCUGUCCGUGACCUAGUCGCCGAACCCUCGCUAUUGCCCGUGUUGUCCACCAGCGCCGAGACCCGCGAUCAAUGCCAGCGCUUGCUGGCUGCCUUGGAUCCGACCGCAGACCCCGACCCGCAAGAAGCAGCCCUGACCGCGUCGAAGGAACAAAAACGGUUAUUUGCUCUGCUGGCUCGCCUGCGUGGUCAGAAUCGUGAGGCAAUUCUCCGCGUGCGUGAGACGAAACAAUCCACCGCCGAAGGUCGCCAGGAGAUCGACCGGUUACAUCUUCAGCUGCAGAACCUGUACUAUGAGCAACGGCAUUUGACGGGUGAAAUCGCCGCCUGCGAGUCUUAUGACCACAAAUAUCUCGCCCUUCCGCUCAUCCCUGUCGAGGAGUUUCUGGCCCUUUUCCCCGAACACAACGACUCCGAUGCCCACGAACUCAUGGUGGCCCGAAUCAAUCAUGAACAUGCCGAGCGUGAGAAACUUGAGCAAGCCCGCCAGGAGCUUCUCAAGCGCAAGCAGGCUUUGAUCGCUGAAAACAACAAGCGAAAGGAUGAUUUGGCCAGCUUAGACCAGGAUCUGGAGCGGUUUAUCGAUUCUACAACGGGGUAUGGAUGGCGGAGUUACAUUGCGGUGAUUUCGGCGAUCGCAGGGCUGUUCCGCCCGUCGACUACUUGUCCUCCACCAUCGUCACCUUUCAUCCGUCGCUCUUCCACUCCCCCCUCCUCUCCAUCAUCACUCCCUGCACACUACAGUGCAACCGGAUCGCCCCUUAGUUUCCGGCCAAAGCAUGUCCUGACCAUGACCGAUAAGAAUGAAGACCGGGGGUCUUCCUCGCUGACUCCCCAAGCCGACUCCAUGGCUACUCCGUCCGCCCCGCGAGCUCCUCCCCCGGAGAAGCCAGAGGCCAUUCAGACGCGGUUCAAAGUGAUCGCUGCCUUCUGGGCCGUCAUAAUUUUCCUGGGAUUUCCGAUCUGGUGGAAAACGACGUCCAUCUACCGCGCUCGAUUGCCUGUCGAGGAGAUGGUGGAUUGGGCCGAUGGAAAGAUUUGUCGCCCAGUUUUCCCUCUUGAUAUUCGAUUCGAUACCCCAUCCCUUCCAGAGUUCGACGCGCAGCAUCUUCUCCGGGCCACGCAACACGCCCUCGAUGACCUGAAUGAGUUCUCCGCGCAUCAUCUCCGACUCAAGCUGUCCAACGACAGAGAAGAGGGGAAGGCCGAUACCGCGCUAACCGUUCGUCUACUCGCGCGCGAUAACUUGACUGCUCCUCAGUCGGAGCUUCAUGCCGACACUACGCAGCUGGAUGUUUAUUACCCGCCCAGCCAGGUGCCCCCUCCGUCGUCCUCCAACCCGCCACUCUCGGGAUACAUCGCAGGGACGCUCCAGAAUUUGUUCACGGAAGAGAAAGCCAUCGUGGCGCAUGUGCUGUCCGACAACAAUGUCGUGAGCGCUAAUACCAACACCCCGGCCUCGUCGAACAAUCAGCAGCCCUCUGCGCUUCUCAAUUCCAUCUCUCCGCAGCUGGCAGAGAGUAUCAGCCGGCGGUUGCGCCGCUCCAUGAAGCACGCAGACACGUAUCACCUGGCCUUCUCAUUGUUUACGCCAGGCUCGCAACCCUCGUCGUGGGAUAUUCAGGCUGCCGUGGAGGAGUAUAUUUCGCCUCUCCUUGAUGCCUACUCCCCCAUCAGCAACUUUACCGUCGACACUCAGGUGCAGCUCUACGCGGGCUUCUCGCCAACGGCACCUCUCCCGGAAUACGACGAGUCGCAGGGGGCGUGGACCCUCAAGACGGAAGAUUUGAGCGCUUUCAUCAACGCAGCCGAAUGGCCCUUGAGCCCUAGCAUUGGUAGCGGCCCCACGAUCAAUUUCAUUCUCUACGUGCCUGAUCCCUCUCAAUCCCCGAUGGUUGUGAAGGAGAGCAGCGCCACCAGCUGGAUCAUCCCUCAAUGGGGCGGGGCCUUUCUUCUCAACCCUCCCUUGUCCAGGAUGACCGAGAAUCCCAGCAAUCCCUCAUAUCUGCCCCAGGAGUCUCUCCGCCCGGCUUUCUUGACCUUCUCCCACCAGCUUUUGACCCUACUGGGCGCGCCUACUACACCAUCCUCCCUUCCUUUUCGCCUGCAAACCCUCAUUCGCAUUCGCGCCGCAACCCUUCUUUUCUCCGCCUCUUCCACGAUGGGCUCUCUCGCCCGUCUUACCGAGUCCUUGCCCUCCAUUCCCAUCCCCGCCUCGGUCGCGACCUCCGUGUCCACGACCCUCAGUCAUCUAGCGUCCGCAUGCACUCAUCUCCAAGAGGGUCGCUUCCAAGCGGCAUUGAGCAACGCCCGCGUUGCCGAGUCGGAGGCCGAGCGCAGCUUCUUCGAGAAAAGCAUGGUCGGUCAGGUUUAUUUCCCCGACGAACACAAGGUGGCAGUCUAUCUCCCCUUGUUGGGACCCAUCGGGGUACCUCUAGUUGUUGGGCUGCUCAAGGAAGUCAAACGAGCAGUGGCCAGCUGGAAAGCUAAGAGAGCGCGUUCGUGA